AUGGCUGCCUCGAGCCUGGAAAGCGCGUCAAAGUACCUGAACAAUCUUCUGCUGGCUCGAGGACUGCUGCAAGAUGGCCGACCCAUCGACUUCACCGAACGAGGUAGCAGCAAGAAUGCCGAAGCCAACAUGUCGCGAGUCAUCAACCUCGUCCACGAACUUGUCCUGCGCCGAGACCGAGACGCUGAUCAGCGAGAAGCUCUCGCCAACAACAUCCGAUCUAUGCGCGCCGAGGAGAACCAGAGAGUACUUGAUCUUCAGAAAGUGCAAGACAAGAACGGGGAGCUAUUCCGAACUCUGGCUACAGCGGAGGCACAGCAGCGAAGUCUUAAGGUGGCGGCACAGCGUGCAGAACAGCAGGCGAAAGAGCUGAAAGAACAGAUGCUCAAGAUGAAGUCGACUCUCGACCAAGUCCGAGCGAAAUGCAUCAGCGAUGUCCGAAAACGAGACGUCGAGCUGGAGAAGCUCAAGUCGCACCUGAACAGCAUGCAGCGGGGCAAGAGGGAAGCGUCAGGCAUGAAAGUCAACAUCAUCCGCCCUCAGCCAUCCUCAAAGGCCGGCAAAGGCUCCCAAGAUGUCAACAGCACAGACUGGAGCUUGGAGAAGGAGACCAACGACUUCCUCGCCGCCAUCGUCAACGAGACGAGCUCAGAGAAUGUCAUCCUGCGAAAGCUCAUCUCGGACACGAUGGAAACGCUUCGAGACCUCACUGGCGUCGAGCCCGAGCCCACAGAAGAAGACAAUGCGAUUGGCAUACCAGGCCAAUACCGCAGAUCAGCCGACAGCGACAGCAUUAUCCCAUGCGUUACACUCCAGCAGCAGAUGAGCGAAGUCCUCUCAAGAUGUCAGGCAAUCCUCAAAGACCCCUCGUUCGUGCCUAUCGAAGAAGUCCACCUCCGAGACGAAGAGAUCAUCAAGCUGCGCAUCGGCUGGGAGAAGAUGGCCAGCAGAUGGAAAGAGGCUGUCACAAUGAUGAACAAUUGGCGUCAGAAGGUCCUUGAGGGCGACGAAGUCAUGGCUGAGGACCUGAGCGAUCUCAGCUUCGGCAGAAGUAUCGCUGUGCUCCCUAACGGCGAGCCUGUCCUCGGUACGGUUGACGAAGAAGAGCCGAGCGCCAUAUCAGAAGAGCAUAACGGCAACCACGAUCAGUCAGAGGUUGCCCCAUCUAUCGCUGAUGAUCGAUUCGACGAAGACUCGGACCUCGACAUCCCACCCGAGCCGUCAGCAAAGCGUCUGGCAGCAUCGCCCGCAAGACGAGGGAUCAAGCUGCCUCACCCACCGCUUCAAGAGAUCAGCAAUACCACAAAUCAACCUCAUAUUAUCACACCAUCGUCCUCCAUCGACUCUCUCGACGGCAUCAUAGACGAGAACACCCGACCAAUCUCUCGAAUACCUCGACAGACCAAGAAGGCCCCACAAUCACCUCCGAUGACAGUCUCCGAGAAGCUCAAAGCAAUCGAGGCUGAUGCUGUCAUGGCAGAGGCGGAGCGGAAUGAGGAGGUCACCCACAAGCGGAAACCGAAGCAGAAACGUGUUGACCGGGCGAGGAGAAGGAGUACGCUGAGUCCGGAGGAGUUGGCGGCUUUAAUGGGCGCGAGGUGA